CGAGUCCAUCCGCCCUCGCGAGCGCCUCCCCUUGCCGUCGACUGCCCGUUGUCGCGCUCCUUCUCCAGCGCGCCGCAUCGCCCACAACCGUCGCAAGCACCCGCCGUCGACCGCUUUGCGCCUGCCGCUGAGCCCCUCUCCUGUCCAGCCACCCGUCCACCUCUGCUCCCCGUCUCCCUGCUGCAGCGCGCCCUCCUGCCCCUGUCGUUGCUCCCUUUGCCUGCUGCUGGCCCGAGCCCCCUCUGGUCCAUCUCCAGCCCAGCCACCCCUAGCCCUCCUGCUGCUGCUCUGUACUUAUCUGCAUACUGCACCAAAGGUGUUUGACAAAAUGCAUAGCCAGGAUUGGCGGCCACAGCCUUGGGUUAAAGCGAAGGCAAACUUGAACAAGAUCAUGGGCGGCAUUAUCAGACAUGUUGUCGGGGGAUCAACACGAGUGGAGUGGUACACUGGCUCGAGACUGCAAUCAAGAUCAGCAAGCUCGAGCCAAGGAGAUAUUGACAAGCUAGGCAUGCCGGUGACACCAAGGAGACCCUGCAGGAGUGCGUCUCCGAGUUCAUCUCCUUCGUCACCAGCGAGUGAGUUGGUCGGCUCGGGCGAGUGGCAAGUGCCAGAAGGAUAUGUACUUAGUAGGAGCCAUGAGUUUUAUUGAACGCGACUAAUAGAAGAAUUGGAGGUUUGUUCAGCUGGCCAGAGCAGAAAAACAUAAUUAGUCUUCUAAAACAACAAUGUGGAUGAAGUACAUGUGUAUUAGCCUCCUGAUCAUUUCUUUUAUUUGUUCAUUGCGUCAAGGAGAGUUUUGUUUUCUGUAGUCACACAACUAUGUUUUCGUUGUAUUUUUGUAUGAAUCAUCCUUGCUCAUUGUGUAGUAUUAUUUUUCAUUAGAGAA